GCCCACAUAGCCGGUCGCAGACAACACCGGCCUCCGCGUCGAACUCUGCCAUCGCCCACCGCCCGAUCCAGAGCGCCGACGGCUCGGGUCGAUCGCCUGUCGCUGUCCCCUCCACGCCAACCUACCCCCACCACUCGCUUUCCCCACCCCCAAAGCAAAGCGAGCAGAGGAAGCCAAGCGCCACACGCCGACGCGAACCAAGGAGCUGGUAGCUGGCUAACUAGCUCGGGAUCGGACUUCGGAGGCCUCGCUGCGACGAUGCUCCCCCCCGGCUGCUCCGGCGCCGUCCUGGCCGCCGCCGUGCUGCUCGUCGCCGCCGUGGCGGUCCCUGGGGCCGCCGGGUUCCACCUCGGCGGCGACGAGAGCGGCCUCGUGCGGGGCAUGCUCGCCGCGCUCCGUGAGCAGGCUGAGGCCGAGGACGCCGCGCGCUUCGCCGUCGCCCAGCAUAACCGGAACCAGGGUACUGCUUUGGAGUUUGCACGGGUGCUGAAAUCGAAGCGGCAGGUGGUGACUGGGACCCUGCACGACCUGAUAUUGGAGGCAGUUGAUGCAGGAAAGAAGAAUCUGUACAGCGCAAAGGUAUGGGUGAAGCCAUGGGAAGAUUUCAAGUCAGUUGUCGAGUUUCGUUAUGUUGGAGACUCCGAGUCCAAGUCUGUUGCUUCUGAUGGUAGCUCUGGGCAAGCUAUUGCCAAGCUCUCUCUUCAAGCACACAUGGUACAGGAACAUGAGGCUCGCCUGCACACCAUUGAAAAUGGUGGACUUUCCAGCGACUUCUCAUCCUCCUCUUAGACAUACAUGUGUGACUGGUUUCCAGCAGAGGAUGGAAGGCGUGAAUGUCGUAACUGAAGUUCUAAAAUCUAGCUUUCAGCAAUUUGUGGACCAGAGCAGUAGUUAUCUUUUCACUGUUAUUAAUGAUAUCUAGAUAAUAGGUUGCUGUUAAGCUGAAAUGCUUUGACUCGUUGCCGUACUAUGUAUAUUUCUUCUAGAACGUGGCAACAUAUAGCUGUAUAUUUCACAUCGUCCAUUUCCAUGUCUGUACAUAAGGCACUUCUUCUGCCUGUGUAUGGCAGUAGUACCUUAACUGCUGUUUGUGUUUUGAUUUUUCUUGUGAUCCGGUGCUGUUGGUUUU